AUUGGAUUUUGACAAGCAGAUGACAACUGACAUUGACAAAUACGGAAUUCUUGGUGGAUUUUGCUUUAAUUUAACAAUUUUUUGGAUAAAAUAUCGGUUUUACGUCUUAUUUAGGACCUUAUUCAAGUAAAUUUUCAAUCCUGCUAACAUUCAUGAUUACCUGCUAAAAGAUGGCUUCAUCUAAUACACUUCAAAAGGCGAUUGAUUUGGUGACCAAGGCCACAGAAGAAGAUAAGAACAAGAACUAUGCUGAGGCACUACGCCUCUAUGAGCACGGGGUUGAAUACUUCCUCCAUGCUGUGAAGUACGAGGCCCAGGGGGAGAGGGCUAAAGAAAGCAUCCGGGCUAAAUGCUUGCAGUACUUAGACAGAGCAGAAAAGCUGAAGGAAUACCUCAAGAAGGACAAGAAGAAGAAGCCAGUAAAAGACGGUGAAUCCAACUCCAAGAGCGAAGACAAGAAGAGUGACAGCGACAGUGACUCUGAUGAUCCAGAGAAGAAGAAGCUACAGGGUAAACUAGAGGGCGCCAUUAUCAUUGAGAAACCACAUGUCAAGUGGAGCGAUGUUGCAGGUCUAGAAGCUGCUAAGGAAGCCUUGAAAGAGGCUGUCAUCCUACCUAUUAAGUUCCCGCAUUUAUUCACAGGCAAGAGAAUACCCUGGAAGGGCAUCCUUCUGUUUGGACCACCUGGUACUGGUAAGUCAUACCUCGCCAAGGCUGUAGCUACCGAAGCCAACAACUCCACAUUCUUCUCUGUGUCAUCCUCAGACCUUGUCUCCAAGUGGCUUGGUGAGUCAGAGAAACUUGUGAAGAACUUAUUUGAUCUUGCACGCCAACACAAGCCAAGUAUCAUAUUCAUUGAUGAAAUAGACUCCCUGUGCUCAUCACGAUCUGACAACGAGUCUGAGUCGGCCAGGAGGAUCAAAACUGAAUUCCUUGUCCAAAUGCAGGGAGUUGGAAAUGAUAUGGAUGGUGUCUUGGUGCUUGGAGCUACCAAUAUCCCGUGGGUACUGGACUCAGCUAUCCGGAGAAGAUUUGAGAAGCGUAUCUACAUUGCCCUGCCCGAAGAGCAUGCCCGACUCGAUAUGUUGAAGCUUCACCUUGGAAACACAAGGCACCAGUUGUCAGAGCAAGAUCUGAAGGUGUUAGCUAGCAAGACAAAGGGAUAUUCUGGAGCUGAUAUCAGUAUUGUGGUCCGUGAUGCCCUUAUGCAGCCAGUACGCAAAGUGCAGUCAGCUACUCAUUUCAAACGAAUAACAGGACCAAGUCCUACCAACCCGGAGCUUAUUGUCAAUGAUCUGUUGGCGCCAUGUUCGCCUGGUGAUCCAGGAGCUAUAGAAAUGACAUGGAUUGAUGUACCAAGUGACAAGCUGGGUGAACCACCAGUUACUAUGUCAGAUAUGCUGAGAUCUCUGGCCACAUCCAAGCCCACUGUCAAUGAUGAUGAUAUGAUUAAGCUCAGAAAGUUCAUGGAAGACUUUGGACAGGAGGGCUAAAGUGUAUUAUUGUCGCAAAUGAUGAGAAUUUAAGAUUAGCGAUUGAUAGCCUACAGUUACGUUUAGAAUAUUGUCAGAUGGAAAUUUUUAUUUUUGUAAGAAUUAUAACAGUUGAACUGCCUGUUCCACCUAGCUUGCAGGACUGAACUGCAGGAAAAGUACCUAGUUAGAGUCAAAUUAAUACGCCUGUCUUAUGUAAUUUAUUCCUUUUUCAAGCAAUAUGUGUAUUAUACGAAACACAGUACCUAUCAGCUUGUAAAUUUAUAGCAUCUGUCAGAUGCCUAGGUCACCAGUUUCCCCUGUUUAAUAUUUAGGUACACCAAUUUGCCUUCAUUAAUGUUUUAGAUAAUAAAAUUGUGUAAAAAUCUUAGACUUACUUAAAUUCAGCAUAACUUGUGUACCUGUAUGUAUAUUAGGGUAGGACACAGCUUGAUUCCACAUUAUUGUGCCUACAUUACACUACCAACAAAAUAUUAUCUCUGUAUUUGAUGUAAAGCGUUGCAGUAAUUGUAUAGUAAUUCAAGGGGUUACCUACACAUUGUUUAAUAUUAAAGAUUUAUUACGGCUUUUGAAAAUUCUUAAAGACCCUGCAUUUUUUAAGAAUUGAUGACCAGUAAACUUUAUUUAAAAACAGAUUGUAUGCACCCAUUCGGCUUACAAUACAUUUUUGCAACAAUUUGUAUAUGUUACAUAAUAUUACAAUUUACUUACUUGAUUUUAUCUUAGGACAUAAAUUAAGGUUUCUUUUAUACAUAUUAUAAUUUGUAUGCUUACGAAUUAAUAUAAAACCCUCUUCUAAUGAGUACCAAAACACUAUCCCCUACAGGCUAGACAGUGGCUCAACCCUAAAAUACCUUUGGAUUUUAAUUACUCGACUAGAAAUGACGGCACCCCGAUUUUGUAAAGUCAGUGUAGAUAUUACUUGAGUUCUGAAAUAAAAUUGUGAUUUUAAUGUGAUAUGUUUUGGCAAAACGAUACGAUUGCAUUUUUCAAUUGAAUUUAAUUAUUUCCACUUACUAACCAUAAUAAUGUAUUAAUGUUAUCAACUAAAAUCUUUUGUAUAAGUUUGCAUAGGUUUUAAGAGCCUAUGUUGAAUAAUUAUAUUACUAUAAAGUGUUGUAUCUGAAAUUCAUUUUGUAAAAUUAAUAGUGUUAUUAUUAUACAGGUUAAUCUUGUGUAAUUUCUGCUUUGUUAUUUAAGAUAUUGUAAUAAAGUUUUAUUGAGUAUCGAA